AUGGAGGUGGUGGGGCUGCACGCAGCAGAGGAAACGAUAUUUAUAUCUGUCUUGGCAGGUCCUGCACUCGAAGCUGAGGUGUAUAGGCACCUCACUGACACCGAAGAAGCUCUUGCUGCUGCUGCAGCAGCAACUGCUGCUGCAGCAGCAGAUAUCUCUCCGCUGCUGCCUCCGCCUUCUCUUCUGUCGCUGCUGUGCUCGCAUGAAACCAAACUCAUUGACGGACACGCAGUGCUGAUGGAGACAGCAGCAGCAGAGCCGCCAGCCCCCCAAGCUGUUCACUGCCUAUUCAACAAAGCAGCAGCAGCAGCAGCAGCAGCAGCAGCAGCAGCAGCAGCAGCAGCAGCAGGAGCAGGAGCAGGAGGAGGAAGAGGUGGUGGAGGGAGCUGUGCUGCUGGUUGUUGA